CUCACAGAAGGAAACAGAGCUGGUAUACAGUGCUUCAGUUCUCAAGGAAGUUCUUCUCUGGGGUACUCAGUAUGUUGAAGAUGUGACAAACAUCCAGAUGCAUCCACUCGGACUAUGUAAUAGCAAUGAUGAGGAAGACCUAUAUGAAUAUGGCUGGGUAGGAGUGGUAAAACUGGAACAGCCAGAGUUGGAGCCUAAGCCAUGCCUUACAGUCCUAGGAAAGGCAAAACGAGCAGUACAGCGAGGAGCCACAGCCGUCAUCUUUGAUGUUUCUGAAAACCCAGAUGCCAUUGAUCAGCUGAACCAGGGCUCAGAGGACCCUCUGAAGAGACCAGUGGUGUAUGUGAAGGGUGCUGAUGCUGUCAAGCUAAUGAACAUAGUUAACAAGCAGAAAGUGGCACGAGCAAGGAUUCAGCAUCGCCCCCCACGGCAACCCACCGAGUACUUUGAUAUGGGUAUUUUCCUGGCCUUCUUUGUGGUUGUGUCUCUUGUUUGCCUGAUUCUUCUUGUCAAGAUCAAACUGAAACAGCGACGUAGUCAGAAUUCCAUGAACAGGCUUGCAGUGCAAGCGCUGGAAAAAAUGGAGACCAGGAAAUUUAAGUCCAAAAGUAAGGGACACCGGGAAGGUAGCUGUGGAGCACUGGACACACUCAGUAGCAGCUCCACCUCUGACUGUGCCAUCUGCUUGGAGAAGUACAUUGAUGGGGAGGAACUGCGUGUCAUUCCCUGCACUCACCGAUUUCACAAGAAAUGUGUGGAUCCUUGGCUACUGCAGCAUCAUACCUGCCCUCACUGCCGCCAUAACAUCAUAGAACAGAAGAAGGGAAAUGCAGGUGCAGUCUGUCUGGAAUCCGUCAACCCAGCACGCAGCCGGCAGCAGAGGGUGAUUCUGCCUGUGCAUUACCCAGGCCGAGUGCACAGAACAAACCAGAUAACAGCAUAUCCCACUCGGACAAGCAUGGACCCUCACGGAAACCCUAUCACAGUACUUACAGUUGAGCGACAUGGUGAACAGAGCCUCUACCAAGCCUCAUCCCCAGCCUAUAUCCGAAGUUACCAGCCUAUUCAUUUGGACCAUGCUUUAAACACGCAUCACUGUAGCCUGGAACAUAGGGCUUACUCUCCAGCUCACAACUUCCGAAGACCCAAGUUUGGUGGACGCAACUUUUCCAAAGCAGCAUGUUUUUCCCAAUAUGAGACCAUGUAUCAGCACUACUACUUCCAAGGCCUUAGUUACCCUGAGCAAGAUGGACAGCUUCCAGCUGGCAUUUCCUCAAAGGGUCCUUCCCGUGCCUUUCAGCCUGGUAGCAGUAUGCUUUUCCCUUCUGUGGUACAUGUAGUGCCCUCAUCUCGUUUGGAGAGUGGCAGUACCUCCAGCUUUAGCUGCUAUCAUGGUCAUCGUUCAGUGUGCAGUGGAUAUUUGGCUGACUGCCCUGGCAGUGACAGCAGCAGCAGCAGUUCUGGUCAGUGCCACUGCUCCUCUAGUGAUUCCAUGGUUGACUGCACUGAGGUCAGCAACCAGGGGGUUUAUGGGAGCUGCUCCACCUUUCGCAGCUCUUUGAGCAGUGACUAUGACCCAUACGUUUACCGCAGUAAGAGCCCUUGCCGAGUGGGUGAGGUUGGUGGUGCAAACAGGGGUGCAAUUGUUCUCUUGGAGGGCCCCCACGAGGACGAGCUUCCAGCUCAUGGUCUCAGUCUGGUGGGUGCUGACUGCCGGCCUGUGCCAGCUUCUUCCUCAGGGGACCAACUGUCUAAUUGCAGCAUGGAUAUGAACUAUAGCAGUAAUUCCUCACUAGAGCACAGGGAUCCAAAUGGCACUACCUCAGAGGGAGGACAUGAGGCCACUCCUGGUGCUGCCUUGGAUGUUAAAAGGAACUGGAAAAAUCCAGAGGUAGCAGGGCCACUUAUGGAGCAAGCAUGCGCAUGCUGCUUUGAACUCCAGCACUCUGCCCUGGAACCUAGCAAUGGGACAGCUGACUGUAGUGCACUCUUCCUUAGCUCUCCGCUGUGGGGGACGUGUGGCCCAGGAAUAGAACCACAGUCAGGGAACACCCCGGGCUUGUACAGUAUUAACUCAGACCACUUGCAUAGGACAGAUGGGGUAAAAUAUGAGGGGUUGCCCUGCUGCUUCUAUGAAGAGAAGCAGGUGGCCUGUAGUAGUAACAGUGGCAGUGGAGGUGGUGGCUGCUAUACAGAAGACUAUGCAGUGAAUGUGCAGUACACGCUUCCUGAUGACACCUUGCCAAGCUGCUGUAAGGGUGUAUGUGAUCUGGGUCAACGCAUUCCCAUAAUUCCUGAAGACAGAGACUGUGAGCUGAUCCUACCUACAGAGUGCCAAGGGACCCACACGGGAGGCUGUAGUUCCUGGGAUGGAACACCUGAGCUAGAUACUUAUCUGCACUGCCAAGGUAUAGGAGAGGUACAGGACGAGAGGGAGGUGUGCUAUGAGGCAACAUCAUUCCUGCGGCAGAACUGCUCUCAGGAGGAGGAAGCCGGAAUGCUCUUUCCCAGUCCCACUCUGAACUCCCAGAAGCUGAUGACAACCACAAAGGCUACAGGUGCUGGAUCUCAUCCCUUGGAGAGAAGCCAAAUCGGUGACUAGACCUGUCCAGAUGAUCCCGGAUGGAGAAGUGGAGCUUAUCAGAGACUCCAAAUUCUCAUGGACUUAAUUUUUUUUUAAGCUUUGACAAACACACAAAAGUGGUAAUGUGGAGAAUUCCCUCCCCCACUUCCUCUUCCUCUGUGUCCACAUCAGCUUGAUUGUCUCCUUUGUCCCUCUUGCCUGAAGCCUUCAGGCCUCCAUUUGUGUGCAAAGCCCAUGUGGGACAUGGUGUGGAGCAUUUCUGAGCUCUAGUGCCAUUUCUAUAUUAAUGACAAAGUGUUAUUUAUAUUUUCUUUUUAGAAGUGACCGUGUCAGCUCUUGCUGAGAGGUAACACGGUGUGUUAAAUAAGCCAGGCUAUGUGUAGAUGCUGUUAUCUCCUACUUCAAGGAGUCCAGCCUUCAAUAAGCUCAGGGCUACACCUGCCUUAGAAACCAGAUAGCACCUUGAAAUAUAGUAGUCCAGAGGGAUACAGCUGCUGAGUGGAUGCUCAGAUAACGACUAUUCCUUGUAGCAAAUCCUAGUAGCCAGCAAGUUGUAUGAGCAAUUCUGAGGGAGGUGAAGCAUUGGGCUGUCUCCUUUCUCCUCUCCCCUCCUCCCCCUUUCAUGCUGCUCUGAUGAUUUGGCUAGGAAGGGUCUCUGGAAGGGUCUCCUGCCAUUAUGAUUAGUUUUAACAGAGUGGGGGUAGGGAAACUGGUAGCUCAGAAUGUUCUUGUUCUGACUUCCUGCUAAACCGUGGACCUCAUUGUAUCUUCUGACUGGUGAAGAAUGCUGGGGACCCCUCCCUCAAACAGAUGCUAGAAGAAAGUGCUUAGAAAGGGUAAUACCUUUGUAGGUAAUGAACCUUGCCUUCCAUAGGAAGUUUUUCAGGCACCUGUAGCCCCUGUUAUGGCUGUGAGGAAUGCUGGCAUAUGCAGGAAAACAGAGCUUGCAGGGUGCUUGCAGCUUGGCUGGCUCAUUUUGGAAAAAGGUCAGAAGGUGUCUUGUUUCCUUAUAGACUGCAAGCAUGCCUGAGGGAAGCAGUGCUUAUCACCUUUUGUGGAUGUGGGAAUGUGAGGGACUUGGUUUAGUUGUCAUUUUCUUCUUUGCUUCCAUAGAUCAAUCUGUUUUAAAGGUUUCUUGGGCCCAGCCAGUUGUGCUUCAUUUUUGUCCUGUGUACAGAGUGCUCUCUGUACCCCAUUAGCCUGGGCACAUACUUUUGUUAUUGUUCUUGUACUAGUGGGGAUAUUUGUUAUCAUGAGAUAAUGUAUGUCGUCACUUCUGAUAACAAUUGUUUCCUGUGGAAACAGCAGCUUCUGAGUAAGAGGCUACCAUAGCAUGGUUUAAAUUGCCUGUCAUGCUGCAUGUGCCUGAGGACACAGUGUCAUCCUGUCUGGUGUAUUCACAGCAGGAAUUCUCCUAAAGGGAAACUAAUUAUUUAAUGCCCACAGUGCCAGUCUUCUGAAAAGAUUUGUCCGAAGUUCAGUACACUUUGGAGAUACUUAAAAGACACAAAAAAGAGAUGUACACUUCGUCUUACAUUUUCUGCCAAAGUAAUGUCCUUGACAGCACUUCUCACUAAUUGUGAGAAGCAGCAAAGUUAACUUGUUUGCUUUAUAGUCCCAAAUGAAAUAUUUUAAAAGAAGCAAACAUCUAAGAAAUAACAAAUACAUUCAUCCGUUUACUUUUACUUUCUGUACUCAGUAAGUUAGGAGAAAAUAAUUCUAUUUGAAGGAAUUCGUAUUAAAUCUUUUUAAAUGAACAAACACCAAAAUCCAGCUGUUCAGAGAAUUAAUACAAGGCGAUAUCUGGGUAUAAGAUUAAAAGAAAAAUUCCAAUAAACACAUUUUCUGUGUAUAAAGCUUAUUAAAAACUUACUCAUUCUCUGAAUGACUGAAGUAAGUGGUAUGUGUUGGGAGAAUAAAGGUUUGGGUUUUUUGUUUGGUUGGUUUUUCAAGUCUUACCUUUCUCCUUCCUCCACUCAAAAGAAAUGCAUUGUAGAAGCUAUGCUAUACUACCCUGGUCAUUCUGCUUGGUGUUUUGUGAGGCACUGUCUAAGGCCACCUAAGAUGCAUUGUACUCUAUAACUACACAGCAUGUUGCGGUAAAAUGUGGUUAUAAAAAAAAAAU